AUGCGCCUCACGCACCCUCCUCCUCCCUUUCUCACCACCAUGCGCUCCUCCUCGUCCUUCACCGCCACGUCAUCAUCCCCGAAACCCAAAUCCUCAUCAAACCCUAGCCACCACCACCACCACCACAGCAACCCGAAUUGCAGCCUCCUCUGCAAGCACUCGCCGUCGGCGACUCUGGACCUCCUCAUCCUCAUCCUGGUCCUCUUCUCCGGCACCUUCCUCAUCACCUCCUACUUCUCCUACAUCUUCAACUCCCUCUCCCUCCUCCUCUCCCACUCCGCCCCUCCUCUCCUCCCCAUCCCCUACCUCGCCGGCUUCCUCCUCUUCUUCGUCGCCGCCCUCCUCCUCGUCGACUUCUGCUGCGGCGCCCGAUCGCGCCGCUGCCACCGGACCGCCUGCAAGGGCCUGAAGAAGGCCAUGGAAUUCGAUUUGCAGCUGCAGACCGAGGAGUGUGUCAAGACCGGGUCCAAGGAGAUCGAUAGGCUGCCGUGGAAGGGAGGCAGCGAGUCUAAUCCUGACUACGAGUGUCUCCGGCUCGAGCUGAGGAAGAUGGCGCCGCCUAAUGGCCGUGCCGUGUUGCUGUUUCGGGCCAGGUGUGGCUGUCCUGUUGCUAAGCUUCAAGGCUGGGGUCCCAAGCGUGGCCGCCGCCAUAAGAAGGCUUUGGCUGGUACAAUUCCCAACGGAGGAGACAAUCGUUGAUUGUUUUGGGAUGCUUUCUGGAGUUUACAUUACAUGUUCUAUCAUUCACCUAUCUGAUUAUAAUCUAUAGACUUUUUUUGUUUAUUCUCAAUCAAAACAACCUUUUUAUUGAUCAUAUAUUUAUGUUUGGCCCACAGAUUUGUCUACACAACAUUGUCUAGAGUCUAGACAUACAUAUUGAUUGCUCAUGUGUAAGGGUAGAGCAAAUUGGAUUAGAAUAAAACAUAUGAAAUGGUAAAUUGGAUA